AUGGCUGGAUUUUCGGAAUCCGCUAUGACAAAAAGGCUAGAAUCGCUGACAACCACUUCACAGUCUAUACAAACAGUUUCAAUGUGGUUGCUGCAUCACCAGAAGAAUCAUGCAGAUGAAAUCGUACAGCUUUGGUUAAAGGAAGUUAAACAAGAAGUCAGGCCAGUCCGGCUUGUGAAUCUUUUGUAUUUGGCCAAUGACGUCAUACAAAAUAGCCGUAAACAGUCUCCCGGCUUUAUGGCUUUAUUUUACACAGUUUUGGAACCAGCUUUUAAGCAGCUUAUUGCGUCCUUCCCAGAGGCAAUAGCUAACCCAGUGUAUUUGAAAGGAAUUAAAAACGAGAAACAAGCCCGGGCGCUGCUUGAAAGGAUCAAUGAAGCUGAUCCUAUUGUUAAAAAUUAUUGUAAGAGGUCUGUUAUUAUGUUGAUUAAAACCAGAAGUCUAAAAAUACAGGUUUUGCUCUUGAUUUUGCGAGUGGUACGACUGUUUGCAUCGAAAAAAUAUUUAGGCUUUUUGACGAAAUGA